UUUGUUGACUAAAAUUAUUAUUUUCUUUACAGGAGAGCUAUUUAGAAUUUAUUUUGUUUUAUUUUGUAGGCUAACUUCUCCUUGAGUUGAAAAUGGCCUCACGAAUAUGCCAAUUUAUGCGACCGUUAGCUUAUUCUGUAGCUAGAAAAAAUGUUCUCAAUUCAAUACCUAUAGUGUAUCAUAAGUUUCAAGUUAGGAAUAAUAGUGGUGCAGCCACUACAACACCAACAAAAUACAGUACUAUUGCUACUCGCAAUGAAGCCAUUAGACAACACUUGACUCAGUUUGGAGCCUAUGUUGCUGAAUGUUUGCCUAAAUAUGUGCAGAAAGUGGAUGUCUACCAUCAUGAUGAGCUAGAAAUAAUGAUCCAUCCUGAUGGUGUCAUCCCUGUGUUGACAUUUCUCAAAGACCACACCAAUGCCCAGUUUAUGAACAUUGUUGACAUUGCUGGAGUAGACAAACCAAGUUUAGAAAAUAGGUUUGAGAUUGUGUAUAUGCUACAGUCCAUCCAAUUCAAUUCACGUAUCAGAGUCAAGACCUACACAGAUGAACUGACUCCUAUUGAGUCUGCAUGUUCUGUGUAUCCUGGAGCAAACUGGUAUGAGAGAGAGAUCUGGGACAUGUUUGGAGUCUUUUUUGCUAAUCAUCCAGACUUGAGACGUAUCCUGACCGAUUAUGGAUUUGAAGGACAUCCUUUUAGAAAAGAUUUCCCACUUUCAGGCUAUGUUGAGGUUCGUUAUGAUGAUGAGGUCAAGCGUGUAGUUGUUGAGCCUCUAGAAUUAGCUCAAGAGUUUCGUAAGUUUGAGGCCAACACACCUUGGGAAACUUUCCCUUCUCAUAGACAGCUGGAAGGUAAAUACCAGAAAACGACUAAACCAGAAGAGAAGAAAUAAGCUGAUAGCAGUUGUGUAAAUAUCAGUGUACUACAAGUUUUUUUGUUAUCAGACUGAUCUAAAUGAUAGCAACAGAUCAAGAUGAGAUGUUCUUUAAUGGUGAAGUCCAUUUGGCAAAGUCUGUUUGAGAGCCUCUUUAUUGAACAGUUUUUCUUCUGUUAGUUUAGGUGUGUAAAUAUAAGAAACAGAUAAAAAUAAAUGGAAUUUAUAAUAUACAA